UUUUUGUCACCGGCCACACCUUUUACGUUAAUUCUAAUUCCGUGAAAAUAAAAACCAAGGUACCAAGAGUGGCCACGCUUACCUAUUAUAUUUAAUGUAAUUUCUUUGUGUUAAAUUCAAUUCAGGGUAUUUCAAUUGUGCAUUAAGUUAACGUUUAUUUGCAACAAAGCAACGUCGCCAUACUUCUUAGUCAAUUCGAGCACGCCAUGAGUGAGCUUGAAGCACCACCAUCCAAAAAGCAAAGACUGGAUGAUUUCACCGAAGACGUGGACACCGAUAGACAGAUAGAUGAAGACAAGUUUGACAAUUUCGUCCGGCCUGAGGAGUUGGAUAGGCUGCGAGAGUUCCUGGUGUUCAAUGAAGUCAAGUCUAACGAUGAGGAUAGUGAAGAGGAGACGGAUGAAGAGGAUGAUGAUGGCGCUACACCCACUUGUUCGUUCUUGGGGCUCGCUGCUCCGCCUGUACGGGUACGGGUACGCUCCGUCAAGAACUGCAAGGAGAAGAAGAUAGAAGAGCAUCAAAUCACCUUGCUGCAAGACAAGGCUCGUCACAUCGAACCGAACUACGCCGUACUGGAGAAACUUCGCAACGAGAUGAGAAAACAAAAGGAAAGGGACGAGGCCGUGGUCCCCAUCGGCACUUUACUCGUCAAAGAUGACCUGGCCACACAUUCCGGGUCCAAUCUCAACAACGUAGAUCUCUAGACGUGAGGUACACACUAUCCGGACCUGUAGGUAUAGGUACACAAUAGAGUUAUAUAACAUUUAAAACUUUCGCGUUUUGAACACAUAUUAACACUUUGACUACCGAGAGUUCACGAGUGCCUACCAGGCAGGCUCAUGGUCAGGGUCAGGGGGCUUACCGCGAGAACCGUAAUUCGCAAAUUCUUUCACUCCAACGAAGGCGUAAUUAGAGUGACAGAGAAAGAUGCCCGCAAUUUGUGAACAUCGAUUUUCGCGGUUCUAGCCCAGGUCAUGUUCCAAGCAGUGAUGCCACAGAAUAAGUAAUAGUAUUAUCAUACAGACCGGCCACGCCCCGCCCCGCGCCGACUCGAAUGCCCUCGCCCCGCGACACCAGAUUGACGACCGUUUGCCGGCCGCGUGUACAGACGUGCCGUUCACACAUAGAAAUGCAAGUGAUUUUUGAUGUAUAGCGUGUCCGCCCUGUGGUAAUGCGGGGCACGACAGUAGAUGCGCCAUGGUUUGCGGUGUUGUGUCGCAGGUACAUUUGGCCAUAUUUGCUUACAGCUACCAACUUGGGACCAGGGGCCCGUUUCUCAAAAGCUUGUAACUUGUAAUACAAGCGGAUUUCACUUUUUGACAGCUUUUUUUUAUGAUGAAUAGGCAGGCGUUUGACCACGAUCCCACCUGAUGGUAAGUGAUGAUGCGGUCUACGGUGGAGCACGCUUAACUAUGAGAUACCUAUUAACUCUUUUGUUAGAAAAGGACUUCCACUUGUAUUACAAGCUACAAGCCCCCUGAGCUUGUUUAAGGACUUCCAAAAAUACUAGUUUCUAUUAGUGUUACUGUUUGUUUUUUGUGAAUUGUUUUGUGUUAGAUAAUCCUUCUAGUCUUCCUCCAGUCUGCGUUAUAUGUCUGAAUAAACGAGCUUAU